AUGUUCUCCCACGCCUUCACCUCCAUCCCCAUCAUCGACCUCUCGCUCGCCUCGUCCCCGAGCACUCGCAGCGAACUGCUCCACCAACUCCGCCACGCCCUCACCUCCGUCGGCUUCCUGUACGUAGCCAACCAUGGCGUCCCCGAGAAGGUGAUUUCCGAUCUUGUCGAGGCGCUGCCAAAGCUCUUCGCGUUGCCCGCGCAGGCCAAAGACGAGAUCGCGCUGCGCAACUCGCCGCAUUUCCUCGGCUACAGCAGCGUGGGCGCCGAGAUGACGGCCGGCAGGACCGAUCGGAGAGAGCAGGUCGAGUUUGCGACUGAGCUGGAGGAGAGAUGGGCUCCUGGAUGCGGGAUUCCGUUGUAUGAGAGGUUGAAGGGGCCGAAUCAGUGGCCAUCUGCGUACCCCGCUCUCCGCCCAAUCGUCGAGACAUACAUUCGCGAACUCACUGCCCUGGGCGAGCGAUUCCUCCGUCUGGUCGCUGAAGCGCUGUCUCUGCCAUCAGAUACUUUCUUCCCCUUCCUGUCUGACCAGCACCGUCUCAAGCUCGUCCAUUAUCCCGCAUCAGAUCCCUCUUCAGACAAUUGUCAAGGCGUAGGCCCCCACAAAGACUCCUCCGGAUGGUGGACAUUCCUCCUGCAGGCAUCGCCCCCGGAAACCAAAGGCCUGCAAGCCCUCAACCGCAACGGCGAAUGGAUCGACGUCCCCGCCAUCCCCGGUACGUUCGUCGUCAACAUCGGCCAGGCUUUCGAAGUCGUGACCACCGGGGUCUGCAAGGCGACGGUGCAUCGCGUGCUUUCCGGUCCGCACGAUCGGUUCAGCGUGCCUUUCUUCCAGGGCGUGCGGGGCAGUCUGACCAAGGCAGAGGCGGUGGAGACGUUGAGGGGGCAUUUUGAAGAGCAUUUCCGUCGCCAUGAUGAAGAGGGCGAGAGUGAACAGGCCCAGAUCGACUCGCCUUUUCUUAGAGGGAAGUAUGAUACUUGGGGCGAGUCGCAGCUUCGGACCAAGAUUCGGAGUCAUCGCGAUGUGGGGAGGAAGUUUUACGCGGACGUUUACGAGAAGUAUAUUAAUGACGACUGA